AUGAGAGCUCGUAAUUAUGUUGCGAUCAUAUUUUUAAUUCUGAUUAUAAUUAUAGUUGGUGGUUUUAUAUGUCCGAGAGAAGAAAAGGCGUUGGGGAAAUGUCUGAAAGACGCUUUGAACGAGUAUAUCCCUAAAUUAGCCACAGGACUGCCGGAAUAUGGGGUUCCCCCAUCGGAGCCGCUUAUCGUUCCAUCGAUUUCUAUCCAGCAGUCAACUGGUCCCAUCACGGUCACUUCGUCGUACUCUGAUGUUACGGUGCGAGGGCCCUCGAAGAUGCGAAUUAAGGAUGUCCAGGUGAACUCGGUGCACCGUCGUGUUGUAGCCAAGCUGUAUAUCCCAGAGCUCAAGAUGAAGGGCAAUUACAAGCUAUCUGGACAGCUCCUCAUGUUGCCAAUGAAUGGAGAAGGACAGUUUACUGCAAAAUAUGGCGAUAUUGAUGCAACAGUAACAAUAAUAUUAGGCCGUGAACCUCGACCGAACAGCGUAGAUGCUCUCACUUGUGACCAGCUCGACGUCAAUUUUCACGUGGGCUACGCUUCCAUGCAACUUGAAAAUUUAUUUGGUGGCGACGGAGAACUGAGUAAAGCAAUGAAUAAAUUUCUUAACGAGAACUGGAAGAAAUUAUCAGAAGAACUUCAAGUACCGAUGGAGGAAGCGCUACGUGAUUUCUUGAAGCCGCUGGCAGAUCACGCCUUUGCUACUCUCAACGCUGACGACAUUUUGCUAACUUAA